AUGCGUGUUGAAAAGAUUUUGGGCUUGAGCGAAUGUCAAAAGAGCCAUGGAGAGCAAAGCGGCGGCGAACCAGGCCGGAGCGGGUGGACUGCUGUAACUAUAGAAAUUUGGAAAGCUCCGCAGAACCCAUUGAUCGAUCUAUACAUUCUGAACCUCGCAAGAGCAAGUCUGAUAGACCGCCCGGACCCUCUAUACUGCGCUGCUCGCUAUUCGAAAUACGUCCCCGGAGCCCCUUCGACCUCUGCGGGGGACGGUCUCCCCGCAUUUGCCCUCGUCCUGCUCAAGCAACUUCCGAUUCCUGCAUGGUUGAAACGUGGAUGCGCCUACAUUGAAUCACACGUUGAUGGGCUCACAGCCUCCCUCUCACAACCGGAUCCGCCGAGCGAGGCCCUCGACUCGGCCGCCGAGCAAGACCAGCCUUCCGACGGUUGGAAGCAAGAAUUACAGCAGGCGAUUGAAGAGGGCGAUAAUGUGGAGGCGGUCGAGAAGCUCCUAGAGAAUGAAGGAGCCUUAGAGACGCGCUUCAAGCACCAAUUCCCGCCCGAUAACUAUUUCGAAGAGGGAGUCACACCCUUAAUGCUCGCCGCCGGACUCGGGCGCGAAAAGAUCGUGGAUCUCUUGCUCGAUCGAGGUGCGAACGUUUUCGCAGAGACAAUCCAGGAAACAUGCUGUCCUUAUUUCGCCGCAGCCCAGGAGGACCGCCUGGCGAUCGUCCAGAAAUUGCUGGAUCGAGAGGUGGAUAUCAGCUAUCGAAACGUCAACGGACAUAAUGCAGUGCAUGUUGCAGCCUAUGGCGACAGCAUGGAAGUAAUGAAAUUUCUUCUCGAGAAGGAGCCCGGGCUCUGUGAGGUUAAGGAUAAUAUUGGUCGUACCCCGUUGGUCCUUGCGGCCGAAUACAGUCAGCGCGCUGUAGAGAUGCUGCUGGAUGAGCCAAAUUUUGCGAAUAUCGAGGCAAGAGCUGACAAUGGAGAAACUGCACUGAGCGCAGCGGUCCGGUCGCCGAACGUGGAGAUGGUCGAGUGUCUUCUCAAUCGGGGCGCGUUAUGGUCAUUGACGGAGAGCAAAAGGACUAUCUUACACCUCGCCGCAUACGCAGGCCAAGAGAAGAUCACGCAGCUUCUUCUCGAGAGGCUAUCUCAAGAGCCGUAUGAGCAGCAGAGGAAAACAUUUGCAGCGCAGGAUGAGUGGGGGGAUACAGCGUUGGGUGAUGCCGCGGCCCAAGGUCAUCUACUGAUCAUCUUGGACUUUCUGAGAACAAAGGUUUAUUUGCCCACGUCAGUCGACACGGAUGAAAUCCAUUUUUCAAACGAAUCGGAGGUCUAUUUUGUUGAACGUGAAAUUAUGGCCUCGUUAAGAAAUCGUGUGCCCAAGGAUCCGGUCGAAGACACGAGUCCAAGCCCGGAUGCUGAACCUACUAAGGACGCUCAUGAUUGGGGACCCUUUGCUAUUCCGGAGAACGUGCAUGCCGUCUUAUUUUGGGCAACCUUGAAUGGCAGAAGUGGCAUCAUUGAGCUAUGCGUGGAGCACUUGCCCGGUCCGGUUGAAUUGAAGGUCGAAAAUGCUACCUGGGCACAUGCCGCUGCACUUGGUGGACAUACAAGCAUCAUGCAGCAGAUCCUGGCGCAUGAUACUCGAGAAGUCCGAAAACUAGAAACAGAUAACAACGGAAUGAGCUCUUUACAUCUCGCAGCAAAACAUAAACACAUUGAUCUAGUGCGAUUCCUGAUCGACUGGUUAAGCAAGAUGGACGUGACAGAGCAAAGCAAUAACGAGUUUGGACCUGCAAUUCCGGCCCCUCAAGAACCUCAGGCUAUGGCACCUACUACGAUGAUGAUAGAUACCAUUGUAGAUGCCAUUCUUCAAGUCACCAACCACGGCGACACACCGAUCUCUCUUGCGGCUACUGGGAGCACUGGAACCCACCGGGAUAUUGAGGCUUUCCUGUGGAAGACAUUGACCGACUGCAUAAACAAAAAACCAGACUCGAAGUUCUUCGAGCUUCCCUUGAAACCGGAAGCAAGGCGAGCCCUCGAGUUAGCCGCUCAAUUCGAGCAACCUAGAGAAGAAACCUAUUUGGAGCAAUUUUUACGGAAGGUAGAAUCCUGCCCAACAAAUGACUGGUUUGGCAAGAGCACGAAGGACUAUAAUGUUCUAAAGUUGGCUGUAUACCUCGAACUUCCAACUGUGGUUUGGUGGCUUCUUUCUAAUGGAGGCUAUCGGAGCGAAAAUGACCUCAAGAUGGGGAAGGAUAUCCUAAAGCUAUCACCUUCCUCGCCGAAGGAGAUGAAAUCCGCCAAAGAUAUUAUUCAUGUUCUUCUUACAGAUCCUCCUCCAAUUUCAGAGCGACGGCCACGGAGAGAUGAUCAUCAUCAGCCCACAUUUCAAUUCCGCCGUGAAAUGUUCCAAACCCCGGCAGGAAAACAGGAACUGAAUUCUUACCCAGAGGGGACGGUGCUAGAUCUCUACCAUGAUGAACAUCAGGUCACUUUUCACUUCAAACAUCGUCUUCUAUCUGACCUCAUAUAUGAAACUGGACCCAACAAAAUCAUGAGCCACAGUCAGUUCCGUGACUUCUCAUCGCUCAAAAAGCAGCUAGAGGAACUUUGUUUAGUCCAAACGGAAAGCCAGCCACCAGACACUGCUCCAAAGGCGGAUGAAGACGGCCACGAGAAGCUCAAAGAUUCCCCUGAAAAUUCUAAUAAAAAGGUCAAAAAGGGUCGGGAUGAGCAGAAAUUGCCGGAUCUCAGAUGGGUUCAUCUUCCCGUAAACAAUGAACUCAUGAUCCGACUUUCAAUCGAAAAAGAUCUCACGAAUAAAGAGCAUCGGCCGUUAGCUCGCUUCGUACAGAAAAGCUGGACUGAGCUAUUUGCCGGGGGAGAGAAGUUUUACAUGAAACCACAAUGCCUGCGUGACGAACCAUCGGCGGAACCCGGCGAUCAAACCUACACGGGCAAUAAAGUCAGGAAAGUAACGACCGAGACUGACCAGCAGGGCAAAGGAAAUGAGCCAUCUGCUCCAAAUCAAAACCAAGAGUCGGGAGUUGAGGAAAGAGUUGCUCUAUAUAUGCCCUAUAUAUUCUGGAGAAAAUGGACGGAAAAUAAAAAUGGCAACAGUGAUGCAGAGCCAUUGCCAACGCCGAAUGUACAAGAUGGUCGAAGAAGGAGAAUUGUCCAUGGCUUCAUGACCCUCGAUCAAUACGGAUACGCGUCUCUCAAGAAGACAGAUGACAGAGAUUCUGACCAAGCGCUGUGGAAAUAUAUUGAGAGGCUAGAGAAAGAAGAAAAACAAAGAACUCAAGGCACACUUCGCAGAAGAUCGACACAAAACAAACAUACGCCAAUAAAGCCAGCCCUGGGAUUUGGACUGCUAUCUCAGAAGAAAGAGGCCCUUGUGACAACUACCCCAGUGGAGCAUCUAUCAGAAAGGCCGUCGCAAGCCUCGCAACCUACUGUUGAGUCUAUCAAGGAGCCCAUUAGCCGACAGAUUCUUAUAGUGAAUCAGCUAUGGCUUUGGAUUGUCGACGGAAAGACUAUCAUUACCAGCACAACGAGAGAACCAGCAGAAGUUGAAAAUAGUUUCUUCCAACGAGUCUUGACGGCUCUUCAGAUGCAAGAAAAGAAUUCAUCAGUUUCAACUCAGUAUAUGCUGGAUUUGAUUCUCAACACAGCCAUCGGUCUUUUCAAUAAGAGGGACAUAAAAGUUGUCAACACCAGAAAAUCGCCCCUAGAUGUAUAUCGAGAGUCGAUUCAGAAUGUGCGUAACCUGGAAUCAAAUCGGUUCAAAGAAUUUAUGCGAUCACUGGACAAUAAUUCACCGACACAAGAUGAGAAUGUGGUGGCAUCUACUAGCUUUGAGGAAAGCAAGAAAAUCAGAACGCUCGCCGGUAAUGUCCGUGGGCAGUUAGGAAAGAUCAAGCAGUGGUUCAAACGCCAAAAACCCAAGAGUCAGUCCAUACCAGAUAAUCCUUAUGGUAACAUUGCUCCGGAGGCAGAGCUUCUUCAAGAAACCAAGGACAUCUGUGACGAACUCGGCAUGCUGAAAAGCCUUGUUGAGGACCAACAAGUUGUCUGGCAGCAGGCUGCUAGUCCCGAAAGCAAUACACACGCUCUUUUGGCUUACGAGAAGCCGGCUGAUAUCAAAGCCGAGAUCGAGGAAAUGAUCAUUGAGGCCGAGUCCGUUAAGAAGUCCAUUGAUACGUUAUUGGACUUGAAACAAAAGCAAGCCAAUAUCAUCGAAGCAAAAUCUGCCCGACAGCAGAGCGAAGAAACUGCAAAACAAAGCGACACAAUCAUGGUGUUCACAGUCGUGACCAUCCUCUUUGUGAGUGCCUUUACCAUGUCUCAAAUCUCCGUCUCUAGAAGGACCAUUAUUGACCCUGGAUUAUUUGACUACAGCUCCCGGCCUCCUUCUUGA